AUGAUCACUGCUUGUGACGGAGCAAAAGCGGCUCUUGUUAGAGCGUCGCAACUGCCUUUUCGACUGCUCGACUUGCCGUUGGAGGUCGUGGGCGCCACCUUCGAUUAUCUUGAGGAUGAAGAACUUAUCGGUGUACGCUGCGUAUGUCGCGCGUUCAACGCCAAUUCGGCAAAUGCCUUUGGACGACGCUUUUUCCGUCACCUCGUUGUCAUCCUGCACCCUACCAGUCUUACCACGCUAUUCGAAAUCUGCCAUCAUCCUGUAUUGUCCAAACAUGUCCGCCAGAUCACCGUGAGCGGCGAACGUGUUGGACACAGCAUAUACGAGGUCAAAGAAGAGGAAACCCAGAAAGAUCUCCAAGUCAGUGUUCAGCGCUCCGGCAUGGAUUCGUUCAUUCUUAAUCAGGUAUUCCGCGAGCUUGAAAACCUACAGAUUAUUCAGAUCGAUGUGAUUAGUUUCUAUCAUUGCGAUCCCGAGCCCGUCGAUGCCGGUAUCCGGUGUGGAAAAGCUCACAUACUUUCAAAAAAGACACAGGAGGACGAGCAAAGGGAGAGGCGUGGAGAUAGCGGCGCAAAUCGAGUAUAUGACUUGGUUCUGCGGACUCUUCAAGAGGCCAACUUACACAACAAGAUAGGGCUGGGUUUCGAAUUCUGGAACACAGAGUAUUCCAACGACGACAUGAUCACAUUCUUUGAUCUCGACUCCGCAGUCUGGAAAGACCAUUUCUCAAAACAAGUACGUCAGGUUUCGGUCCUCGGUCAAGUCAGUCAUGCAUGGCUUCAAAAAUUGCUCAGCACAGCUUCAGAUUUGCGCAAGUUCGAGUUCCAAGGCAAUUACACUUUCUUAGAGCUAUCUUACCAGCCAGCUGGAUCAUUCCAAUUCCACUGGCCUGGCUUCUCGCAUAUCCAUCUUACAGAUGUGUUUCUUUCGCACAAUGAGUGGACGAACUUCCUACGCCUGCACGCUGCGACCUUGAAACAUAUAUCAUGCUCAUCCAUAGGCUUUCCGCAAGGGAAUUGGAUCGAACCAUUACAGAUCAUCGAGACAAUGCCCAGGAUUGAGUACCUAUGGCUCUUCAGACUUCUCGAGAAAGCGCCCUACCCACACUCACCGAUGACUGUGAGACGCUGUAGCCAGGACGACGAUGGGGUCUUGCAGCUCUUCGACUCGGAGCCGGUGGAGCUUGCUCUUAGUGCCAUGCGCAGCCAGCCCAGAACAGCGUUCAUGGGCCGUGGCGUUAAGAGUGAAGCAGGCGAAGUAUAUCUCCACAGGGUCGCGUUUGAUGUUGGUGAAGCGGCACUGGAAGGAGAUAUCAUCUAUCGAGAUGGUGAUUGGGUAUUUGCUGAAGUAGCGGCAGACCUCUGA